GAAAAAACAUUUCAGCUCCGUAAGAAAAUUUUUAUCCGAUUUUAGUCUAUAGUUAUUAUUAGAGAAAGUUAGAAUUAUAGAUACAUUCGAUUCCAAUGCCAAGCAACAAUGUAGUUAGCAAACCGCCAACCUCUCUUGGUAAGCUUAAGCCUUGUUCUGUGUGCGGUGGAUCACUAUAACGCUCCUGGCAGACGUCGAAGUGCCUCUAACUACUACAACUAGUAUCGGAGUAUAAAGAGUAAGGCGAUCACCAUGCUGCGAGCUGCCAUAUACCAUUCACGAUCUCUCAUCGCAAGGUUGCAGCCACCUGCAUCCAGGGCAUGCAGUGGGGCCACAGGGGAUGAGCAUGUGCAUGCUGGUGUACCUUAUAAAACGUUACAAAGUACAACAGCAGGCGACUCGUCCCUCCCCCAGUCUGCCGAUGUUGUUAUUAUUGGAGGCGGAUCGCUUGGCUGCAACACCCUGUAUCAUCUAGCCAAGCAAGGUGUAACGAACACUGUUUUGAUUGAGAAAGACCAGCUGACGGCUGGGACAACUUGGCACACUGCUGGUUUGCUCUGGCGAUUACGGCCAAGUGACAUUGACGUCCAACUGAUAAAUCACACACGAAAUGUCAUCAAACAGAUCGAAGAAGAGACAGGAGUCGAUCCAGGAUGGAUUGAAAAUGGUGGCAUGUUCAUUUCCUCGACAAAAGAAAGACUCGAUGAAUACAAGCGAAUGAUGAGUCUUGGCAAAGCCUUCGGUAUCGAGUCACACGUUCUAGGCCCAGCAGAAACGAAAGAUAUUUACCCAUUAAUGAAUGUUGAUGAUGUCUACGGUGUGCUAUACAGCCCAGGUGAUGGCACUAUUGACCCGGCAGGAUUUUGCUCAGCACUGACGAGAGGUGCUACCAAACGUGGGGCUAAGGUAGUCACUGACUGCAGUGUCACUGAUAUCCAAACAAAAGUUGAUGAAUUUGGAGUGAAGAGAGUGAUUGGAGUUGAAACAGACAGGGGUGUUAUCAAAACAAAUAAUGUGGCUAACUGCGCAGGCGUUUGGGCACCUUCACUAGGAAAAAUGGCCGGCGUCAAGGUGCCGCUCGUUCCAAUGAAACACGCAUACGUUGUCACGGAACGUAUUGAAGGAAUUCAAAAUAUGCCCAACGUUAGGGACCAUGAUGCAUCAGUCUACCUCAAACUUCAGGGCGAUGCGCUCUCGAUGGGUGGCUAUGAACCGGAUCCUAUUUUUACUGGCGAGAUGGAGAAAGACUUUGCCUUCUCCCUCUACGAACUUGACUGGGAUGUGUUCAGCGUUCACACAGAGGGCGCCAUCAACCGAGUACCCGUCAUCGAACGCACCGGCGUCAAAUCAACUGUUUGUGGCCCCGAGUCAUUCACAUCCGAUCACAAGCCGCUGAUGGGGGAAAGUCCAGAGGUCCGAGGUUUUUUCCUCGGCUGUGGGUUCAACAGCAGCGGGAUGAUGUUGGGUGGAGGUUGCGGGCGUGAGCUGGCAAAAUGGAUCAUAAAUGGCCGUCCUGAUCUUGAUAUGUUCGGAUAUGAUAUUCGGCGUUUCACGGAAAGGCUGACGGACAACCAAAAGUGGAUUAAAGAAAGAAGCCACGAGUCGUAUGCCAAGAAUUACAGCAUUGUAUUUCCUCACGAUGAGCCUCUAGCUAGCAGAGGCCUCAGGAAGGAUGCCCUUUAUGAGGUACUACUGGAGAAAGGCUGUGUGUUUCAAGAACGUCUUGGAUGGGAACGACCGGGCUGGUUUUCUCCGAAUGAAAACGUCCCAGCACUUGAGUACGAUUAUUACGGAUCUUACGACAACAAGCCUCGCGAGAAUUAUGGAUACAAUCAAAAACUGCUGCAGGAUUAUACGUUUGAUUUCCCAGUUCACCAUGAGCAGAUUGGUAAAGAAUGCCUGACAUGCCGCAACAGUGUUGCAGCAUUCGACAUGUCAUAUUUCGGCAAAUACUACCUUGUCGGACCCGACGCAGAGAAGGCAGCGAAUUGGAUAUUCUCUAACGAUAUCAGGAAGGCGACCGGGUCCACUGUCUAUAGUUGUAUGUUGAACAAGGCUGGAGGCGCGGAGGCUGAUCUGACAGUGAGUGUGCUGGAGCCGGGUGACGGAGCCCCUCACAGUCCUGCAUUUGAAGGACGAGGGUACUACCUGGCUGUUGGAGGGGCAGCAGCACAGCAGAACUACAGCCAUCUCAUGACCGUUAUUCAGGACAAUAAAUUCAACUGCCGCCUAAUUGACCACACUGAUGACAUGGUACUUAUUAGUGUUCAAGGGCCUCAAAGUCGUGCUGUCCUGCAACAAUUAUCUGAGACAGAUUUCAGCAACGAAGCUUUCCCUUUCUCGACCCAUCAAGCUAUAAAAGUUGCCGGGCACGAUUGUCGGGCGCUGCGGUUGUCGUUUGUCGGUGAACUCGGCUGGGAGUUGCACGUGCCCAAUAAAUCGGCCGUGGAUGUCUAUCGAGCAGUCAUGGAAGCUGGUGGCCAGUAUGGUAUCUGCGAUGCUGGGUACCGAGCUAUUGAUUCUCUGAGCAUAGAAAAAGGUUAUCGCCAUUGGCACGCAGACCUCCGUAGUGAUGACACACCCCUGGAAUCCAAUCUUGCAUUCACCUGCAAGUUGAAAACCGACGUGCCAUUUUUAGGACGGGAAGCGCUGGAAAAACAGAAGAAGGAUGGUCUGAAGAAGAAGUUGGCUGCAUUCACCAUUGAUGAGCACGUCCCUCUCCACGGAUUGGAAACGAUCUUUAGAGAUGAUGUCGCUGUCGGAUUCCUUCGAAGGGCAGACUACGCAUUUGCGCUCAACAAAAGCAUUGGAUAUGGCUAUGUCUCGCACCCAGAGGGAGGCAACGUCACUAACGAUUUCCUCAAAGCAGGCAGCUAUCGUGUCGAACACAUGGGCAAUUCUUUCGAUGCGAAGAUCCACAUACAGACCCCCUUUGAUCCUAAGCAUAAGAGAGUGAAAGGACUUUAUGACUAGUCUUAUACCGUUUUUCUCAUGUUCAGAGAUGGAAGUGAGAAUGGCUUAUCAACUAACUGCGAUGCAAUAAAAUGGCAUCUUGUGAUUUUUAUAAUGGCAGACCUUAAAAAACUUGCCAAAGCUUUCACCUCCCUUCGGUAGGCAUAUCCAGUUAAGUCUGAGGUCUUGCGCAGACAUACGUUUGACCUCAUUGUACAUUUUUCACAACCCACUUUGUCCCAGUUCUUAGGGAGCCUGUGUCUCCCCCAAUCCCUGUUGAGCAUCGGUUGUUGUGACUGGAUCUGGGUCACCUCUUUUAUGUCUCUCCUAAACCAAUCCUCCUUAAUGUAAAAAACCUUGGCAUUAUCCAUGUCAAUGGAGUGGCCUUGCUUCAUUAUUAUAUCAUUACCAGCAACGUAACUCUAUUGGAUUUUUCCCAGAGGUGUGGUCUCCACUUUAUAGACACUUGAGUACAAGAUACCAUAGCUUUUUCAUCUCAUUCGACAGACUCUCGAUUAGCUAUAUGUUGUGUGUGUGUUAAACAUACCUGUUGAGAAGAGCCAGGAAUUUUAGUUCCUUAAAAGCCACUCCUGUUCAUCCAGAAAUACCGUCCUGGAAUUGAACCUGGGCCCUAUUGCGUGGGAGCCACCAGUGUUAACUACUAGGCUAUGAGGCCCCCCUUAUGCACCGCAACCUUGGAGUUUUACUUCUGGGGUGGAAGUUUCCAUCACCCUAGACCUCAGACGACACUGAUGAAGACUACCAUAUAUGAAGGUGAAGCUUUGGUAAGCGACUUGUGAUUUUGGCUCAAUUAUGGACUAUCAAUUAUAUGCUCAAACCUAAGUAUAUUUUAAUAAUAAAUCCGUCUAGUGUUAAUGGAUGCAGGUCAUAAUUCCUUCAUGUGUUAUUGGAUGCAGGUCAUAAUUCCUUCAUGUGUUAUUGGAUGCAGGUCAUAAUUCCUUCAUGUGUUAUUCGAUGCAGGUCAUAAUUCCUUCAUGUGUUAUUCGAUGCAGGUCAUAAUUCCUUCAUGUGUUAUUCGAUGCAAGUCAAGCCUAGGAACUUCUCCAUAUUUUACAAGAGAUAGCCAAGCGUCAACAUUAUUAGUCUAUAAACAAUAUUGGGUAACUUGUAAAGUAGGAGGAAACCUACGCUGUUGAACAGAGUUUCUCUUCGGCGUGAGUAUACCAGGAUUGACCGGGAACUUAACCAGGAAUCAAACUGCCUAUUCCUCUUCUGCCUCUCCUUUUUAGCCUUUUCCCUUUUCACCUAUUCCUCUUCUGCCUAGUCUUCUGCCCAUUUCCACUUCUGCCUUUUUCUUGCCAGUGUUUCACUUUCUUCCCAUUUUAACCUUUAUUCCAGAUUGCUUAUAGCACCCCGUGAAAGAAACUCUCCCAAACAGAAUGAGCUGGUCCAUCAGAAAGGUUUGAUAUGCUCGAUUUGACUCUGCAACUCAUAGACUGCACAGCAUCUUUCUUUCUGGGUAAUGCUGGUGAUUCAUGGAAUCAUCAUAGAACUUGGCCAACUAUUCUUAUUUUGCCGAAUUCUGAAGCUUGUUACACUAUAAUAGGUUGAUACUUCGUCUCUGAUCAGAGAGUUGUGACACAUUAGCUAGUUGUGAGCGCAUCUCUGACCAGAGACUGAUGACACAUUGGCUUGUUGUGACGGUGUCUCUGAUCAGAGACAGAUGGCACCUUGGCUGGCUGUGCAGUGUCUCAGAUCAGAGACAGAUGGCACCUUGGCUGGCUGUGCAGCGUCUCAGAUCAGAGACUGAUGGCACCUUGGCUUGUUGUGACAGUGUCUCAGAUCAGAGACUGAUGGCACCUUGGCUGGUUGUGAUAAUGUCUAUGAUCAGAGAAUGAUGACACCUUUGCUGGCUGUGCAGUGUCUCAGAUCAGAGACUGAUGGCACCUUGGCUUGUUGUGACAGUGUCUCAGAUCAGAGACUGAUGGCACCUUGGCUGGCUGUGACAGUGUCUCAGAUCAGAGACUGAUGGCACCUUGGCUUAUUGUGACAGUGUCUCUGAUCAGAGACAUAUGGCACCUUUGCUGGCUGCGCAGUGUCUCAGAUCAGAGACUGAUGGCACCUUUGCUGGCUGUGACAGUGUCUAUGAUCAGAGACUGAUUGCACCUUGGCUGGCUGUGACAGUGUCUAUGAUCAGAGAUUGAUGGCACUUUGGCUGGCUAUGCAGUGUCUCAGAUCAGAGACUAAUGGCACCUUUGCUGGCUGCCCAAGUGUCUCAGAUCAGAGACUGAUGGCACCUUUGCUGGCUGCCCAGUGUCUCAGAUCAGAGACUGA